CAUCACCCAGCACCGGCAGGGGCAGCGCUCUCCGCUCGGCGCCUGCGCUCACCGGAGCCUCCGCCGGCCCCAGCACGGCCCGAAGUGGGGGUGUCCCCCCCGGGCUGCCACCGGAGCCCCCCCAAAGCUGAGCGAGCCCCCCCAGAUCUGAGCGAGCCCCCCCGCCCAGAGCGGCGCAGAACAAUGGGCUGAACGCAUCCGGCACCUCCAGCGCUGGGAGCCGCCGGCACAGGCCGGGCUGGGGGCUGCGGGAAAAAGACCCCCCCAAAAAAAAACAACCUCGGUGUGGUGCUGGGGGGUUACUGAGACCCCCCCAGGUUUGUCCCGAGGAGCUGCAGAGCCGCCGGCCCCGGUUUGAGGAGCGACAGCGCCGGUAGCAGCAGGUGCCCCCAUGGCGUCGUUCCGCAUCCGGCAGUACCAGGACCAGGACUACGAGGCCGUGCGGGCUCUGUUCGCCCGCGGCAUCCUGGAGCACGCUCCGGCCGGCUUCCGACACGUGCUGCGGGCGGCGCGGGUGCGCCUGGCGCUGCUGGCCGUGUUCGUGGCCGCGCGGGCAGCCGCCGGCUCCUGGGUGCUGGGCCUGGGCGCGGUGGCGCUGGCGCUGGUGCUGCUCUGGGUGCUGGUGCGCUCGCUCAGCGCCGAGUACGUGCGCGACGCGCUGGGCACCGACCUGUGCGACGUGGCCGGCUCGUACCUGCGGGCGCCCGACCGCUGCUUCUGGGUGGCCGAGGAGGGCGGCACCGUGGCGGGCAUGGUGGCGGCGGUGCCCGCGGGCCGGGGAGAGCUGGAGCUGAAGAGGAUGUCGGUGAGCCGGGAGCACCGCGGGCGCGGGCUGGCGCGGGCGCUGUGCCGGGAGGUGCUGGCAUUCGCCCGCGCCCGCGGUUACGGCGCCGUGGUGCUCAGCACCUCCAUGGUGCAGGUGGCGGCGCAGCGGCUCUACGAGGGGCAGGGGUUCCGCAAGGUGGGCAGCUCGUACCCCUCGCUGCUGGGCACUCUGCUGAAAUUCCAGAUCUUUCACUACCGCUGUGAUUUGGGGGAUGGCACCAAGUAGGGCCUGAGUCCACCAUGGGGUCUGGGAUGGGUGGCGCGUGAGGCGCUGCCAUGGCACCCCAGCUCCAGCCCCAGCGAGGCGCCGUGACCCUGGGCAUGAGGCGCUGCCAUGGCACGCUUGGCUCUGCCGUGGCACCCGAACCCUGGCACGUACGGCACCGCUGUGGCACCCCAAUCCCGGCCCCAGGACACGAGGCGUCACCCCAGCACUCCACCCCCAAUCCUGGCACCGCAGCACCGACACGGCACCGCCACGAUCCCGGGACACGAAACACCACCACGGCCCCACUGCCUGGCAUGUGUGGCACCGCCAGCCUAGGACAUGUGGCACUGCCUUGGCACCCCAGCUCCGGGACUCCACCACAGCACUCCAACCCUGGCACCGCCAUGGCACCCCUUCCUGGAUUUCCAGCAGCAGGAAAUAAAGAGAGACCUGUGGGAA